CAAAAUUUAAAACAAAAGUUUAGCAGAACAUCCAGUUCCAUCCUCUUCUAUUUAGGGACUUCAAACAGCAAAUUCAGCGAGUCUUCUCUUGCAUGGUCUCACAUGGAGAGUGUCUCAAUUGGAAGCCCUAUCUUCGAAGAGUAUUGAUCUGGCUUGUCUGAUUUCCUCUCCAAAUGGGUGAUUCAUAUGGGGCCCUCUCAUAAUUAAAUUGAAACUUCAAUAGAACCACAGAAAAUUUGAACUCUUUCUAAAUCAUUCAUUCUGCAGACUUGCCGCUGAUUUUCUUAACUGCAACAUUCACUACCCCCACUGAAGAAGUAGAUAGAGUUACUGCUGCACUGGGUAGGUAUCCUGGUCAAAAAUGGAGUGGUAGCUACAGCUAAAAGUCAGAAAUGAACAGCUCUGCAUACGAUAUAAAUGCUAGUAUGUGGGUGCCAUUGAAAUGAGCUUUUGGAGUACAGAACAGAGAAUGGAUUUCAUGGCAGAUUUGCUGAAUAUAGCCAUAAUUUCAUCGAGUUUCUUGGUAUUGCUUUUGGUCGUCCCUCUCUUCUACUUCUUCAAGUUUCUGUUUUCUCCAAUCAUCGCAAUAUUCAGGCGCGGUGAGACCCUCACCGGCAAAGUUGUCCUCAUCACCGGAGCCUCUUCCGGAAUUGGCGAGGCUUUGGCUUACGAGUAUGCGAAAAGAGGGGCUCGUUUAGCUCUUGUAGCCCGGAGAGAGGAUCGCCUGCGUGCAGUCCUUGAUAAAGCUCUACGCCUGGGUGCACCUGAUGGCAUUAUCAUUCCCGCUGAUGUUUCCAAUAUUCUUGACGCCCAGCAUUUUGUUGCCAAGACCAUUGACCAUUUUGGCCAACUGGAUCAUUUGGUGAACAAUGCUGGGGCUAGUCAAGUCAAAUUAUUUCAAGAGUUCGCCGUAAAUCUCUCUGAUUUGGCUCCUGUGAUGGAUGUAAAUUUCUGGGGUUCAGUGUAUGCAACACAUUUCGCUGUUCCACACUUGAGAAAAAGCAGAGGAAAGAUUGUUGUGAUUUCUUCAUCGAUAGGAUGGUUGCCAUCUCCAAAGCUGAGUUUCUACUGUGCGAGCAAAGCAGCAUUGAUAAGUUUCUUUGAGACAUUGAGGGCUGAAUUUGGUUCUGAGAUUGGGAUAAACAUAGUCGGUCCAGGAUUUAUUAAGACAGAAAUGACUACCGAUGAGUACAUGGCACAGGUUGACGCUAAGACGAUGCCAAUCGAACCUGUAGAAACAUGUGCAGAGGCCAUUGUAAACAGCACCUGCAGGGGUGACUUGUAUUUGAUUGAGCCAUCUUGGUUCAGAACUCUGAUCUGGUUCAAGUGGUUCUUUCCUGGUCUGACAGAGUGGCUUUUCCACUAUAGAUUAAAGAGAAGCAAUUAACCAGAAUGUGAAUUUAUUUGAAGUGUUAGGCCAUUUUCUAAGUCUAGUCUUAGUUUCCAAUAAGUCCAUGCCUCUGGGCGAUGGUUAAGAUUGUCUACCGUUUGUUGAUGAAACCAUUAAUCACUUUAAGUUUUUUUAUUGUAAAAAAUGGUUACUGUGUUGGUUUUUUCCCUUCAUUAUAAAUUUAUAAUAAAGAAAUUGAUAUGAUUAUGUUAAUGAAUUAUCUGGUAACAAUGUUGUUUCUGUAUUGACAGAAAAGAUAACUCCUGCUGAAUCUUGAUGAUUCACACCUGGAGUAAUUGUUUAUAACAUUCAUUAAUUAGAUAUAUUAUGACUAUGUCUUGCAAAAAAUAAAGUGUCCGAACAUAUUUAGAAUACUUGUAAUUAGCUUUGCUUAUUUCUCUGUCAAAUGUAUAAUUAUUGGCACAUCUAUAUUAUCAUAUUGUGCUUUAUAACUAUAUCUCACAGUACAACUAGAUAAUUUAGCUGAUAAUUUUACUGAUAAUUUUACUAAUGUUGUGCUUCCACUUUGGGUUUUAAAAGAUGCUAAUUGAGGCUGCUUAGAGAAAUGACUAAGCGUUUGUUUGUAGCUCCGUUCAAAACGGACUUUUAAACAAGUUUACGUAAGUAAGUUCACACAGUGUGUGUAUUUAUUUGCAAGCGAUGGUUCAUUUUGGCUAUUCAUAUCAAAACUAACAAAUUUUAACAGAUAUAAUAAGAGAUUAUGGAAAUUGAUAAAGAUGGAAGAGUUUUUUUUAGCAGCAGUGGGUAGUGAUAGAUGUCGUCUCAAAGUAGACGUAGGAAAUUCGGAGCUACCAAUAUUUUUGGUCAAUCCCAAUGUUUUCUCAUAGAGUUAUGGGACAACAAUAACACA